GGAAUCAGCUGCUCUUCACGGAGCCCCACGUCUACGAUUACCAGGUCCAAGGGGCCUUUGCCCGGGAUCUGCCUGCCUUGUUGAAUGCUUCCGAGGGAGAACAUGUUCAGGAGGAGCCAUGGACCUCCCAGAUGACUCUGACAUCAAAAGGGGGCAAGGAAUUUGUCAGCUUUGCAAAAUUCCGUUCCUUUGAUGAUGAUCUGUACUCCGGCUGGUUGGCCCAGGCUCUUGCUACCGAUCUCUACGUUGAGUUCUGGCUGAAGUCUCAAGGGAUUUUGGCAUCCAACUGCUCUGGGCAGUACAAAAUCUACAAUGUGGAGAAACUGGCGUUCCAGCACCCAGCUACCACCUUCUUUUCCACAUCGGACCAUUCCAAGUGGUGCGUUGGAACAGAGAGUGACUCCGGGUGGGCCUGUGUUGGAGACAUGAACCGUAACCUUGCAGAGGAACACCGUGGGGGUGGUACCGUCUGUUGCCGUGAUGUCACAAUCUGGAAAAGCUUUCACUCCUUGGUACAGAACUAUACCAACUGUGAUACAACAGGAUAUGGACUCUAAUGGGCCAAGAUUGUCUGUUAUGAAGGGAGCAGAAUUCGGUUAAUUGGGAAGGAGGACUAGGGAUGAUUCAAAGGAAUAAUGGUUCCCCCUGCCUGUCUUCUUCACAGCAUAUUAACUCCCUACAUAGCUCAUGCAGUGAGUUGUGCUGUUGCUUUGAUCUCCUUAUUUUUCAGAAAACGGUUCCUUUGUGUUCUGGACUGCUAUUUUUUCCCCUGCUACAUGGCAACAUUUCCAAGGGGUUACCUGAGCUAUAUGGGAAAAUACAGAAGGAAAUUCUUUUCCUGAAAUAGAAAAAAUGUAUAUGGCGUUUAUUUUGUAUAAUUUCCCAAAAUCUGAGUAUUCCAAGGAAAAUAUUUUUAUGUUGCAAAUUCUACGUGUAUGAGAGAAAUAGGCUGAUCCGAGAGGCUAAACCUCUCUGCCCGCUUCUAACGGGAACGCCUUUAACAAGGCCGCUGUGGCCUGUUUAAAUAUAGCAUCUCUUAAACCACAGCAACCCCAAACUUAUUAACUUCCACACGUGUAUCAUAAUUCUGUAUAUUUACAGAAUACAUGGUCUACUGAAGUAACUCAGUUUGAAAUGGAGUGACUCGGUCUCCUCUCUCGUCGUUCUUGGCUAGCUCAUGAAUAUAGUUUCAUCACCCAGCAGGUCGUGGAAGAUGAUCUCCCACAAACAUAGAGGUGGAUAAAAGAAGCAGAGCCUUUCAGAAUGAGAAAAAGAAAAAUACCAGAGACAAAAUGAAUAAAAGCUAAAAUGCUUUAAAGAUGCAUUUUGAUGUGUUCAUCUUUAAAUCCUUUUAUCUGUUUUU